GGCGGCGCCGGGGCCGCUGCGGGGCGCGGCGCCUCCUCGCUGCUCGCCGCCCGCCGCCGCCGCCGCUCCUCCUCGCCGCCCGCAGCCGCGCCGCCCCGCUCCAUGGCGACCCCCAGCCCCUGCAUCGUGAUUGGCGAUGAUGAACAAGGUUACGACCUGGACUUGUUCUGCAUACCUAAACAUUAUGCAGAUGAUUUGGAAAAAGUCUAUAUUCCUCAUGGGCUCAUCAUGGACAGGACGGAGAGACUGGCACGUGAAAUUAUGAAGGGCAUGGGAGGACACCACAUUGUAGCACUCUGUGUACUCAAGGGUGGCUAUAAAUUUUUUGCUGAUUUAUUAGACUACAUCAAAGCACUGAACAGAAACAGUGACAAAUCAAUCCCCAUGACUGUCGACUUCAUUAGGUUGAAGAGUUAUUGUAAUGAUCAGUCAACUGGAGAUAUCAAAGUCAUUGGUGGGGAUGACCUCUCAACCUUGACUGGAAAGAACGUUUUGAUUGUAGAAGAUAUAAUUGAUACUGGUAAAACAAUGAAAACGUUGCUGUCUCUACUUAAGCAAUACAAUCCAAAGAUGGUGAAAGUAGCCAGUUUGUUGGUAAAAAGAACUCCUCGAAGUGUGGGAUAUCGGCCUGACUUUGUUGGAUUUGAAGUGCCAGACAAAUUUGUUGUGGGAUACGCCCUAGAUUACAAUGAAUACUUUAGAGAUUUGAACCAUAUCUGUGUGAUCAGCGAGACAGGGAAGCAGAAGUACAAAGCAUAAAAGCAUAGUUCAAGUGCUAUGACAACAGAGCUUUGAAAUGUUUUGUUUACUGAGUCCUAUCUUUCACAGGCUUCAACUCUGGUACACCAGCUAAAAUUGUAGAAUGCCCCAGCCUCAUUGUCAUAUGCUUACUAUAAUUUAUUGCAUGUACAAUAUAAGAGCUCGUCUUGUUCAUUUAUAUUUUAGAAAUGUAAACAACUAGUGCAAUUCUGCACUCCUUAUUUUGAUUUGCACUAUGACUCUACCGACUAUUGCUGCCCCUGGUUGGGUUGUGCUGUUUGUGAGCUUCGGAGUCUAACUCUUGCAGUGGUAAAUUGCUUAAACCUCAUCAACCCAGAACUGAAAUAGUUCAAGUACUGUAAAUGUCAAACAUUUUAUGAUAGGGAAGUCUAUUAGUAAUAUUUUUAAAAUCUGUAAUUUAAGUUUUAUAUUUUAAUGCACAAAUGUGAUUGUGAUUAAUGGAUAGUUGCACCUUUGGGUGUUAUAAAGCAUGAGGAGCAGCCAGUUACAGUAUCUGUAAUCUCCAAUGAGCUCAUUCAAAUCUCCUGGAGUUGCCUUAUUGCUGUAAAGGAAGUCUGGGUGAAAAAUCUCUCUCUUUUUUUUUUUUUUUUUUGUUAUUUUUAUUUAAAGGAGAUGGAAUGACAAAACAGAAUGUUUAAACCUAGUUUUAGUUGAGCUGCCUGUUUCUGUUAGGUUUUUUUUUUCUUUAAAAAUCUCCCAUCAGUCAGUGGAAUUGCCUUUUAAAUUUAAACAAUUUUAAUAUAUUUGUGAAAAAGUAUUGUAAUGUUUACUUUAUAAGAUCUACAAAACAAAGUACUUUAAAUAAAGGCUGUCUCUUUAAAAUAAGCCCCAUAUAUCUAUGCCACUCAUUCUGUAUAUUAAAGUGCUCUUGACAUUUUCUUCUCAGUAAUAUUUUUCAGAAGUGUUUCUGAACAGUGAAGGCAGACUCUACAUUUGUUAUCUUUGUAGAGCUUUUGGUUAACAUUAUCCUGUCUAUAAGAGAGAUGAUAAAGUGCUGAGGGAAUACUGAAACACUGGCGUAUUCCAUAACCAAACUAGAUUUCAGAGAAAAUGGUGUAAGCACUGUCCUCUGUUCUGUUUUGGCAAAAAUAAAGAGUGGAGACUGUAUGUUUAUUAAAGACAUACACAUGGAAAAAUCCCCACCUACAACCGUUUUGUAAGUAAUCGUUUGGCUUCAUUUCAUUAACACCUCUCUUCGUGUUGAGUUUAAUUCAAAACGUGGCAGCCAGUCUCACACCUUGUCCUUGUGCUGUGCUUUGUGGUCUCUUGUCUCACAGGGUUCUUGUACUUCUGCGCGUGGAUUCUUCCACUGUACGCUCAGAUUUAACACUGCUCAGUGCUUAAUACGUAAUGAACUUUUUACCAGCCUGUUUUGAAAGAUUUUUUUCUGUGGUUUUGAAGUUUGAGCCAUGUUUCUGUGCUUUUCAAAGUACUGCAUGUUGUCCGUCCAUGGUGUGCUCAGUUACAGCUGUAGUAGUUAGUAGCAGACCUACAAUAUGAAUAACUCACCCAUUGUAAUUUAGAUCAAAUGACCACAAUCUAUUUGUAGGAGAUCUAUUCGUAAAUCAAAAUUCUCAUUAACAAAUAUCAGAACACUGGUUGUGAUUAUACUAUACUUUUGCGAUGUUAUUAUGUUCCAAAGAGCUUAUUUUACCUAAAUGCACUACAAAGACUGGUGGUAUUUAUAACGCUGUUUGUGUUUAUGCCUUUCCAAGAACCUGUACUGUCCCUGGGAUGACUUGUUGCAAAAACGUAUGAUGCAUCUCUAAGAAGAGGAAACACAAAAGCAACAUAGAAACGUGUAAACCCACUCGAGAAUUACUACAUCUGCUGAAGUUUUCAUUAGUUCUGGUUGAACUUAAGUUCUAAUCUUAAAAAGUAGCGUUUUCUUCAACCUUCUUACUAGGUCCUACUUCACAAUGUGUUUUAAAAUAAAUUCAUGGCAUCUAGAGGUUACACUAGAGAGGUCACUGAAAAGUACCCAUUUCCACAUGAAAAUAGUGAGGAUUGGUGAUAGUUGAUAUCUUUUAGGAUUAAACUCGUAAAUUAGUCUAUCCUGAAAUGUUUUCUUAUCUUGGUCAGGAUGGUUAUUCAGAUGCUGUGAUUUGGGAAAGGGAGGAGAGGUUGAGUCAUCAUAACAAGUGCUUUAGCUUGUAUGUAUUCCAUAUACAAAUACUGUAUUCCACGCAGCUGGAGUGGGGAAAUGACUGGUCUGUGGGGUCAGGGGUAGGAACUGCGUGGAGGUGUGCACAUGGUGGAAUCACAGAAGAGGCCGGGGAAGAUACUCCUGAGCUACACUGACCUCGGGAGCGAUGCUGCAGGAGCCCAGGUCCGCCUCCCAACAAACCUCACCCGUGUCCCACGGAAAAAGCCCAUUUCCACAUUUCGAACGCUGGGGAACAGACACUCCCCUGCCCCUGCCUUCACACAGGCGCUUGUCAGGUGAAGCGUGUCGCCCCAGAGGGACUCCUCGUUCAAAAGCUUUUGUUACUUUCUAUGAAAAUUGUUCGGAGGAAAAGUUACACACAGGCGACAACAGUUCUAACAUAUUGCAGCCUUUUACAGCACCUGUGCUGGCGCUACAGGAAGAUAAAUUCUUACUUGAAAAAAGUUGAAAAUGCAGUUGUUACUUUUAAUUCAGUAAUUUCGGUUAAAAGACUGGGGUUUUAGUCACACCUUUGCAAGUUAAAUGCCAGCUUUAUGCAACCCAGAUGUAUAUUGUUAAAGCAUUAUGAAAGCACAGAGAAAAUCUUGUAUUUGAACGUUUAUGUGGCAUUUGAAAUUCAUUAUGGUUCCACAUUUUAUGAAUCACAAAUGUAUGCUGGAAAAAUAAUUUUGAAUAUUUAUAGGCUUUGCUAUACUGUCUCACCCUGUGACAUCUGGCAUUUCUGUACAUUGUGAUAAUUCUCGCCUGCCGCAUGCCACUGGCGCUGCCUGGCUGGUGCCGCAAAUAUGUAGCUCUGGGUUGGAGUGUUUAUUCUUCGUGUUUUAAAUUCACGCUGAUCAGAAUCUAAAGUGCUCCAGAGCGAGCUGGGAGAUGUGGUGGGAAGUCUCUCUGUGACCUGAGCUGGCCGCUCACUUGGGGGGGGGUGUGUGGUGUGUGAAUCCCGGUUUUGAAAACUGAGGCAAAAGGAGGAUCUUUAAGUUGCCUUGUAAUUGUAUAUCCUGACUGAUUAAAUGUUGGUUGUGUUUCA